AUGGACCUCUUCUCGAGUCGGCGUCUCGACGCACUCGACCUGAAAACCGCCGACUGCUUCGACUGUCAGGACGUUUUCGGCAGCGGAAGUUUCCAGCGAAGACUGCUCCUCGUGGCCGUUCUCUCCACGUUCGUCAUGCACUGCCACACAGUCGCGUUCGCGCUGAUCUCUCGAGACGUGGACCACUGGUGCCGGCAGCCACCUGGGCUAAACGUGUCCGCCGCCGACUGGAAGAGAGCGGCCAUUCCCGUGGAAGCCGACGGCCGGUUCAGCCGAUGCCUGGUCUACUCGAACCCAGGCGACGGUAACGACACCGCGACGGUCGAGUGCGACUCCUGGGAUUAUGACGCUGAGAGCGCGCCCACCACCAUAAUGAGCCGCUGGAACCUGGUCUGCCGCCAUCUCUGGCUCAUCACUGUCGCCAACAUAGUCUACAGCGCGGGCUCGCCACUUUUCCUGAUCGCGGCGGGGCACAUAGCCGAUCGUGGAGGUCGCAAGCCUAUCCUGUGGGUGUCGAUCGCCAUGUUGCUGAUUGUGACGUUCGCGGGCUGCUUCGCCGACACGUACAGCAUGUACAUUACGACCAGGUUCCUCGCGGCCGGUUUCGCCGCGGUCAACGUGACCGUAAGCCUCGUGAUGCUUUUCGAAGGGUCCUGCUUCUGCGACCGCGUCCUGAAGACCUGCUUCGCUGCGUCAUUCCCGUUCCUACUGUCCGACAUGUGGUCUCAGCUGCUUCGGCUCAAUUCGGUGCAUCUGGCUUCGGCGCGCGUCAGCUGGGUUCUCCUGCAGAUCGUCCUGUUGUCGCCCACUCUACUUCUCGUGGUUGCGUUCGCCAUCGUCCAGGAGUCGCCGCGGUGGCUCAUCGCCAGUCGGGACCUGCAGAAAGCCGGCGCAAUCAUACUGUACGCGGCCGAGAUCAACAACUUCCAGCCGCUGAGCACUAACUUCCCGAUCAACAUGGUGAGAGCCGAGGAUGCCAAGAACGAAGAGCUGCGGGGUGCCGACACACCGGGAGGCCCAGGAGGUCCCGGGUCCGAUAUUCCGCGACGCGCUUUGGUUGCGCUCGCGACGCACGCCGUGAUCACUUUCGCCGCUCACGUCUUGGUCCUCUCGUCCGCAGCGAUGAGCGUGAGGCACCUCUGGUGGAUCUCAUCCGGCGCCACGAUGCUGAGUUACGCUUUAUUGUACACCUUCGCAGCGCGAGCGGUAGCCAUGACACAGCUCCUCAGCGUCAGCCUCGUGACCCUGAUAGUGCUGGCGUGCACCAUGAGCGCCAUACUUGCGGCACUCAGUCUCGCUCCUCUUGUGGCGGCCAUAUUCGUCGCGGCUAAGGCUGUCGCCUACUUCGCAAUCGUCGUGCACACUGUGUAUGUCGUCGAGGUGUUCCCCACUCCGGUGCGAGUCACGGCGUUGAGUUGGGUGUCGGCGUGGGGCCGCGUGGGUGCCAUUAUCGCUCACCCGACGUCCAGGCUUCAAGACGCGGGCCGCGAAGACCUGAGCCUGGCGAUAGCUGCAGCGUUGCUGUUCGCUACGCUGAUGGCAUUUCUCGCUCUGCCUCCCAAGCCACCGUCCGAGAAGUUGGCGACUCGCAGGACCUCGACGUCGCGCAAACCUUGCGCAGAACUCGGAAAUCUCGCGGCACGCAGGCUUUCGACGUCUAGCAAACCAAGCAUUGAAGUCAUGAAGGAAACAUUGCAGCUGCAGCCGCUGCCGACGCCGAGCCGCAAGAGUUCCAAGAGUCGUUCCAGCUCGCUGAGUUCCUCGAAGUCAAGUCUCGCCUUCCCAUCAGAGAACAACAAGCAGCAUAGACAUAGCUGA